CACAUAUUUGUCACAUCGUUAUCUUGUAGAACACACGUUGCAGUCAGCCAACAGCCAAGAGUGAAGUAAUCGACCCACAAUCGCGUUUUCUGCGCGAAAAUUGAAUGAAUUUUUCCUCUCUAGAGUAAAAAAGUAUUUCGAUAUAUGGAUGGAUUGUCUUAGGAGUGGAAUUUGUCGGAGUUCUACAGUUCAGUGCAUUUACAGAUUAAGAUAAAAGAAUGAUCGAUAUAACGACGAUCUUAACAUAAAAAUUCGUUAAAUUAAAAUUGAUUUAGUAAAAUAAAUUUUUUGAGAAAUCUUGUAUGCGGAAAAUUUGAAGAGAGGACCAGAAUAAGAGCAGAUAUAAAAUGAAUCUGACAGCCCAAACAUUUAAAAUUAUGUAUCGAGUGAAAGUUGAGCUGUUAGUGGGAUUUGAGAGAGCGGAAACGGCAUUGUGAAGGCAUUCCAUAGCGUACGCCGGAGGCGUCGCAUGGCGCCUAUACGUCCCUGAACUGCGGGAAAUCCGCGCACGUGCGGUGUUGAUGUGCGAUUGGUUGGCGCGGCGUUCCGCGUGACGUGUCUCGGGAAAGAACCGGAGAUCGUCAAGGUUAUGUUGUUGACGCAAGAAUUAAAAGGCAGUUGAUUAUGUGUUGCUGGUGAGUAGUGGAAGUUCGUCAAAGCUCGCGUUACGCACAUCACGGUGUUGUCAAGACGCGGCAGUCUGGUCUCGAGUCUCUACGAGAUCUCAAUACUCGGUGGCACUUGCGCUUGACAGGUAUCGUGACAUUCGACACAUUUCAAGCCACGUUUUUUCUUCCUUCCACGCUAAUACGCAAAGUGUGACAAAUUGCCGGAAGGAUGCCAGAUGCGUACGAGAACAUUAAUAUGGCGAUGCAGAGUAUAUUGACCACUGGCGUUAUCGCGGAUAACGAGGACCCGUUCUUCCACUUCAAUGACUUAACGCCAAUGGGGAGUACCGGUGUCUUAAGUCCAUUUACUGCUUCUGGAUCUCAAGGAAACAUGAGCAUCACAUCACCUAUGUCGACGACCUCAUCGCCUAUGCAUGCUACAGAUUAUAUUAAUUUAACAAAUACAGUAACGUUACUUGGCGAAGCAAACAUUAGUAUUUUGGUGCAGCCAAUGGAGAAAUUUAGGUUUCGAUACAAAUCUGAAAUGGUGGGGACACAUGGAAGCCUACUUGGUGUAUUUAAUGGACGUAAACGAAAUAAAAAUAACGUACCUACAGUCAGGUUAAAUAAUUUUCUGGAUAAAGCGAUAAUACGUUGCACAUUAGUCACAAUUGAUGAAGAUUUCAGAAUACCACAUGCUCAUAAAUUAGUGAGGCGAAUAGAUAGUGCCGACGUGGGAGAGCCACAUUACAUAGAAGUUUCGCCUCAUAAUGAUUUUACAGCCGAAUUCAACGGUAUGGGUAUAAUACAUACAGCGAGAAAAAACGUCAAAGAUGAAAUAGUACGAAAACUGCGUGAUGAAACUCUGGAAGAACGCAAACGUUUAAAUAUAAAUGCUACUCUCAGUUUUCGUGAUGAAACACAGAUUAAAGCCGACGCGGAGCAAUAUCAGAAAUCUAUAAAUCUAAAUAGUGUUGUUCUUUGUUUUCAAGGAUUUAUUAAAGAUGAACACAAUAUUAUGAGACCGAUUACAGCGCCGGUUUAUAGCAAUCCAAUUAAUAAUUUGAAAAGUGCAUUAACUGGAGAACUUAAGAUAUGCAGAAUUGACAAAUAUACUAGCAGUUGUGAAGGUGGCGAAGAGGUGUUCAUACUUGUUGAGAAAGUGUCAAAAAAAAACAUAAAGAUAAAAUUCUUUGAGCUUGACGAUGAUGACACUGAAGUCUGGAUUGAUUACGGUCGUUUCUCAGAACUGGAUGUUCAUCAUCAGUAUGCCAUGGUAUUUCGAACCCCACCGUAUAAGGAUCGAAAUAUUACUUCCCCAAAGGAAGUCUUUAUACAACUGGAACGUCCUUCUGAUUCAGAUUGUUCUGAGCCAAUAAAAUUCACAUAUAAACCAAGCGAUCGCAUGAUAGGCAGGAAGAGAACACGAGUUUCUCAUUCAAACAGUACAGAAUUAGCACAAAUGACAUUUGACAAUGAUAUGUCUUUAACGAAUACACCACUAACAAGUACGCUUUUAAGCAAUGAUAGUACAGACAUGUCUAAAGAAAUAAAAAAGUUGUUAGAUGAAAGAUGUCCGUCUAGUGAGUUCCGUGACUUUGUUGAACGAUUUAGUUUAGAUGAUCUUAUGUUGUACGAGAAAGCUUGGCGAGGAAGCAGCGAAGAUAAGUUAACUUGGGAUGGUGCGUCAAAUACAAAAGACGAAAAAUUGUUCGCAAAAAAUGUUAUUAUUAAUACGAUAAAAAAUAUCAACGCUAUGAGACCACAUGAAGCGAAAGAUAUUAUAAAAAAGUCUUUCAAAGACAGGACAACUUAUGGAGAUACACCAUUACAUUAUGCACUCCGAUAUGGACAAAGAGACAAUGUAAAGCGUAUUUUAAUACUUAUGAGUGCUUUAAAUACAGAUGCUGAGGAAUUAGUAAACAUUCGAAACAGUUCUGGAAAGACUCCGUUACAUUAUGCUGUAUCACAAGAUUAUCCGGAAAUUACAAAAAGUUUACUCAUGCUUGGUGCAGAUCCAAAUAUAACAGAUCAUUAUGGACAAACGCCAUUACAUAGAACUGUAAAAUUUUCAGAAGUGGAAGGAAACAUUGAUGUAUUAUUAGCUGAAAAAGAAAUCAACAUCGAAGCAAAUACGGAUUUAGGGUGGACACCUUUACAAUUAGCUGCCAAAGCAGGCUCAUAUUAUGCAGUGUGUUCUCUCGUUAAAGCUGGCGCAGACGUAAAUAAUACUGACAUGACCUAUGGAAGAACUGCUUUGCAUAUAGCAGUUGAAGGAGGAUAUAAAGACAUUGUUGAAUUUUUAUUAAAAAACACCAAAAUAGAUGUAAAUAAAAAGAACUUCAGCGGAAAUACGGCACUACACACUGCAAUAGUUAUACCAGGAGCGAAAGCCAAAGAGAUAUGUGCUCUUUUAUUGAAAUAUGGUGCUGAUCCACACAUAAGGAAUUAUAAUCGCGAAUCAUCUGUUAUCGAGGCGGAACAAGUGGAAGGCAUAAAAACCGAAGUACAUUCAGACGAUGAAAAUUCGGAAGAAUGUAUCGGGCAAUCAUCUUUUGAUUUGGCAUCAAACAAGCCAGAAAUUUUACAACUCGUAACUGGUCAAAGUAGUUCGUUAGUAGAUAAUACGAUUAAAGAGGAAAAUAUAGACGACACGCAGAAAGUUUGGAUGGACGCGGAUCAGGAAAAACAAUUAGCGAACAUUCUGGACGAGACGAAAGGAUGGAGAAAAUUGGCACAUCAUUUUAAUUUCAAAUAUUUACUGAAUAUUUUCGAACAAAGCUCAUCCAGUUCAACGUUACUACUCUUGAAUUAUAUCGCUAUACAAACCAAUACAUCUCUCAGCGAAUUGCGAAAUAUAUUACAAGAUAUAGGCGAAACUGAUGCUGCAACAUAUAUGGAUCAAGUUUUAUCUGUGAAAGAGGAAGUGCACCUUUAAAUUAAAUACACAUUAAAUUUUUUUUAUUAUGUGCUGCUUAUAUAUUUUUGUCAUUGUAAAUUAAAUUUCAAGAUUACUCUUGUAAAAAUUGCAUUUUAAUACAAAGUAUUAUUACAUUUAAAUAUCUCGAUUAUUAAAAAGGUGCCUUUAAGUUUUUUAAUAAUUUAUAUGAGAUACAUGGAAUUAAAUAUUUUAAAAAAUUCAA